UUUCCAUGUCGAAUAAACCGUACCCUCACCACUCACAUCAUCACUACAGUGAAAAGAAAACACUAACCCUUCAGCUUUGGCCUUUGGCUUUUGCAGAAGGUAAUCAAUCUCUCAGACUCUGUAACAGUUAACACUCUAACCCCUGCUAUCUCUCACCCCACUGUGAUUUUACUACAUCACCCGCUCUUUCCCUUUAAUAAAUUCAGUCAAGAAGAAGAAGAAUGUGUGAAGCAGAAACUAAAAUGGCCAUGCCUCUUUCUAACACACCAUCAAAACCCACAACCCAACCUCAAUUUGUUCCAUACACUCCUGAAAACCCAUCUCGACCCACCCAAGAACAGGGCUCAAGAACACGAGAUUACUCAACGUGCUUCAAUUGUGGCAAGAAAGGUCACUGGUACAGACAAUGUCCUCUUGCUCUUCACAGUAACGGUUCCUCCCCGAUCCCCGAUAACAUAUAUUGCCGCUGUGGGUACGGAUUCUGCUUGGUGAAGACUUCAAAGUCUACUAAGAACUUCGGAAAGAAGUUCUAUGUUUGCCCAAUCAAAGAGGGGAAACAGUGUAAAGGGUUUAUUGGAUUCUGUAAUGAACCACCUAGGGAUGAAGAAUACUUUGAUCCUCCGCCGUAUAAGUACCCUGUUUGUGAGUGCGGUGCAGGGGUUUGUGCAAAAGAGAGGGACCCCAAUGCUGAUAGAAAGUUCCGUUUUCUUUGUCCUGUUCAACCGGGACAUGGAAACUGUGGAUUCAUUGUGACAGAGGAUGAACUGCGUGGUAAGCAGCGAAUUAGGGGCUUGAGUGGGAGUGGUGAAUUACUUGUCGAUUAUCCGGAAAGCAUGACAGCGAUGGACAUUUCUGAGGCUCCCUCCUUGAACGCCAUACCUGAGGUUCCACUGGGUGACGAUACAUCUCCAAAGGCAACCCCUCCAAGACAAGUUGGUUUAAACGAAUUUGAGGUUAUUGAUGAUGAUCUUGAUGCGGAAGAUGUGAACUGGGAUGACUUUGACAAGGAAGCGGAGUCAUUCCGGUCAAGAUUUGCAACAGGGCUAACUUGCCGACAAAAUCUUUUCGGCAACAACAGUUUCAAUGAUGCUAUUGGUGAUAAUGCACCACCAACAGGCACUUUCACAUCCUAUGAUGAGAUCUCUGAUUCUGAACACCCAACUGCCGGCGAUAGUCCUCCUGAAUGCAAUCAGUCUACCGUCACUAGCCUUAAUGAAGACGCACAACUUUCUUCAAGAGGUAGCGAUACUACGGUUUUGGGUCAGAUUUCCGGAGAUGAUGUUAUGCAAACUGAGGUUCCUGGAGGUGUUAGUGCUAUGCUAACAGUGACACAAGGCACCAAACGGAAGCUAAUGUCGGAGGCCGAAAGAAGAAAGAAAAUGGUGUCAUAUAUGCUUCGUGAGUUUCUUACAGAAAUCGAGGACCUGGAUAUUCAUGAUCAUGACUCUAUUAGAGUAGCGGUGGAUGGCUGUUUUAAGAUAUUGCAGGAGCUUGUUCUUACUGCUGACUAUAAGCUCUUUUCUGACCAUGUUUGGGACUAUAUCAAUAAUGUUUCAGCCAUAGCAGAAAUCGACAAGUCCAUGGAGAAUCGCCUCACUCUGGGCGAAUCCAAUCGAAUUAUCGAAGAGGAGAAAACGAAGCUGGCACAGAUCCAGGAAGAAACUGUCGAGACCGAGGCCAUGUUCAUAGCAUGUAACUUGAAAGGGGAAAUGCUUCGUGAAGAAGUCUUGCGUAUGAAGGCCGAGCUCCACGAGAAGCAGAACCAACUGAAAUCUUGUGAACUGGAGAGCGCGACGAUCGAGUCUCGUCUUGGUGACUUAAAGAGAAGAAGGCUGGAAGCUGACACAAAAUUGAUGGGCAGAGUUGAGGAAGCUGAAUCCGCAAGGAGACUCAAUGAGGAGAGACAACUGAAGCAAAUGGCAGCUAUGGCAGCUCUGGAGAAGCUCAAGCAUCAAUUACAAAACUGAAUAUUCCUCACUUUUUACAUUCUUAUGAAGCGUAUGUAUUGUGCUCGAGUUAUUAAGACUCCUAUUAGUUAGUUUUUGUUUUCUUAUCUCCCUCUACGUAUAUGAAGCGUGUGUAUUGUGCUCAAGUUAUUAACUCCUAUGUCCUAUCGAUGUAACGGAACUGGUGGUUGUUGGUUACGUUACUCCCACGUUUAACAUGAUGUCUAAUUGUCUAUAUUAUAUAUUAUUAUACCGUUUUUAAUUA